AUGCCCGAAUCUUCAUUCGAUGUCGAUGUCGAAUCUUCUGCUUUGAAGAAACCUCACCAUCAUGUUCGCCGUCGUUCUUCUUGGAACCGCAUGUAUAUAUAUUUGCUCACAAUUAUUUUCUUGCUGCUCACGUUAUUUCUUUUAAACAGCUACAACUCUCGUGUCUUUGAGCUUAGUAAAGGGAUCAAAGCUUCAUCGUCUUCAUCAGGACAUGCGGUAGAUGAUAGCAUAAUGUCCACACCAAACCCUGGAAAAGUAAAUAAUAAUGAGAUCAAAGCCACUAUACUGAAGGAAGAAGAUGAUGAGGUUGCCUCAAAAAAUAGUAAAGCAGCUGCUGCGGCCGCCGCCAAUAUUCAAUACACCACCGACAAAAAUGGCAAUGGUGCUAGUAGCAAAUUAUUGAUGUCUGAUGACUUGUCAAAUUCAAAAACAGUGCCGAAGGCAACCAAAGAAAUCAAUAGCGAGCAACAGAAGAUCAAACAGGAAUCAGUGAGUAACAAGGAAAAUAGUGUGCACAAUAGUGAGGAAGUUCCAGCGGGUCGUAAAAAAAGUGGGUUCGAUCCAAGUGCCGAAUUCAAAGCUAUUGUUGCUCUAUCCCCAGUAGUGAUUUUUACUUGGGAAACAAACAAUCCAAUUCCAUUAAGUAAUCACAAAACUUCUAGCUCAUCAGGCUCCGACGACUCAUCCUCAUAUCGCGCCUCAAAAGAUUUAUUAAAAACUUUGGGUGAACAUUAUCAAAUCACACCCGUACCAACUUACGUUUCUUUGGACCGUCAUCCACAUUACAAAGAGUUGGCAAUAUACAUAAACAGCCUUUACCAUAAGCUCAACUCAAAGGAUACUCACUCUAUCAUUGCUCCGUCUCCAAAAACUGAUAGCAAACCAAAAUCCAGAGCUGAGUCCUUAAUGACUGACAAGGAAAGCAUAAAUGGAAAAAAAUCCCCAGAGCAUCAAGAAGAAGAAGCCUCAUCAUACUAUUCCAAGAGAGAACUUGAAAAAAGUAGCUAUUCUUUGCCUGAACUAAUGAAGGGUGAAAAUAUUUUGCCUGGAAUAGUCAUUGCCGGAAAGCCGAUUGGCAAUUCACGUCAAUUAAAGGCUUCGCACGAAAAUGGUCAAUUACUUUCUAUUUUAAAGGAUUUUGGUGCAGGAAUUGUUAAUAUUGAGAGAGUGGGAUGA